UCCAACUCUUUGUCCAAACGAAGACAUAUUAUUGGCAUUGAAUCCAAAGUCAUCGGAAAGAAGAAGACAUUCAUUAGAUUAUUAGAAAAUGGAGGCACUGUUGAGGAAGAGGUCAACGAUAGCAACAACUGCUGUAUUAGUGAUGAAGACUUAUUACGUUUGGGAGAUAUUGGACUUCAGAUUCACAGACAUUACGGAAACGCAAGAGAUAUAGAAUGGGGGGGCCAAAUAUUUAUGCUUCAGUCGAGACCCGUAACUAAUUUAGACAAUUCUUACACCGAUUACGAGAUUAUGCAUGAAUUGGAUUCAUCGCAUCCGACAGAGUUUGAAAUCUAUACCCGAACCCAUUGCGGGGAAAUGUUUCCAGGCUCAUCAUCAUGGAUUGUAUUGCAAUGGUUUUGGGGUAACCGUGUUCGUCAGGGUAUACAACACGGGGCAAUGGACGAAGAAGAUUAUAAUCCAUAUUUUGAAAUAUUGGGCAUUGAAUACAACCAAUUGAUGUUCAAUUUGACCAGUGGGGGUUUCGGCUUUUUUAAUGACUACCCGGAGGACAAAGUGUCCCGAGAAAUGGUAUUAUCAAUGUUUGGCCAUCACUUCGACGACAAAGACGUUCUCAAAGUGUUUAAAGAGAAUCGAUUGGCAAAGAAAAAGUCAUCGCUUUAUGGGAAACUUAAAAUGGCGUUUAUGGCCAUCGAUUCCGUACUCUUUAGUCCAACAAAACUCAUAAAAUUAAAGACACAAAUAAUGGAAAACAAGAAACACAGUGUUGUCUACGAAUUGCAACGCCUGUCCACUGCGAAAGACAUUUGGAAAGCAUUAUUAGACAAAUUUUUUGUUAUCUCGAAUGACACCCGAUUUCACGGACCCGUCUCUAUGAGCUCAUCGAUUAAGAAUAUGAUCUUGAAGUUUGUUUUGGAGGGCGCUUUACCUAAUAAUCCAGAUAUGGAUUCAGAUUAUAAUUUAAUGAUAUCGUCGUGUAAUGAUGUGAUCAGCGCUGAAGUGCCCAACAGUUUGCGUGAAAUCGCAAAAUCUAUUAAAGAUAAGCAAUGGUUCCGACAAUUGAGUGAUGAGGAAGCGCUUCAAGUACUGCAAACUGGAAGCAAUGAGACAUCCAUUAAAUUCAGACAAUUUCUCGAUAGACACGGACACAGAGGGUAUCGGGAAUUGGAUCCAAUGUAUCACACGUGGAAAGAAAAUCCGAUUCCUUGCGUCAAAACAAUUAAAAGCGUUUUAUCGGGAAAUGAAUCCCUAUUGGAACCAAAAGUAUCCAAAUCUGUGGAUCAAGUGAUGGAAGAGCUCAAGACUCCGCUUUCAUUCAUUAAGAAAUUAUUGAUACGAAAAGUAUUACUUCCGUGGAGUAGACGUGGAGUCGGAUAUCGAGAGCUAUCAAAGUAUUUCAUGAUUUGGGUCAACAAUAAAUUCAGGGAAAGUUUUAGAUUAUUGUCGAAACAAAUGGUUAGCGAAGGUCUGAUCCCAUCCGCCGAGUGUUUCUUUUAUCUCACUGUCAAUGAAGUCGAGGCUCUCUGUAGUGGAGAUAGGGAUCCACUGAUACUGACAAGAGUUAGACAACGGCGAAGACUUUACCCUCGAAUGGAUAAAUACAAGUUCGAAGAGUUUAUUAAAGGACCCGAAAUGAAACCCAGAAAUUUUGAGGACCGGAUUAUUCCUCCCGUUUUGAGCUCAGGUAUGGUUCAGAUGACGGGAACUCCUGUUAGUAAUGGAUCCAUAAAAGCGAGGGUUUGUGUGUCUGAAGACAUUACAGAAGCCGAUAAUAUUCAGCCGGGAGAUAUUCUGAUCACGUACUCGACGGACAUCGGUUGGAGUCCAUACUUCCCAUUACUUUCGGGUAUAAUCACAGAAAUCGGUGGAACGAUAUCUCACGGGGCAGUCAUUGCCCGCGAAUACGGGAUCCCGAGUCUGAUAGCAGUGGGGGCGCGUGUCGUGCCUUCAGGACCGGCGAUAUCUGUCUAUUGGACACUAAGACACAGACCAUCACUAAAGUCGAUGUCGAUUAGUUAUGAUCGAAUAUUAAAUGAGUCAAAAAAGAUCCUUGAGUUGUGGAUUACGAUUUGUAGUACAACUCCGCCCAUUGAAACUUCAACACAGAAUUGGGAUGUGAACGUCAUUAAGGCUUCACUUAUCAGACGAAAAGGAUAA